AUGAAGUUGGUAAAUGGUCAUACUCUCACUGAGAGUCCCGUCCUUGACGAAGUGCAAAUAGCAGCUGUGAGGCAUCUUCUGGUUCAUGCGCAAUUACAUGGUGGACCUGUGAUUAAGCUUUACCUUUGGGACCAGGUCGCAACGGAGUUCUGCAGAAAAUUCAAGUCCUGCGAAACCACUCCCACCGUGUUGCUGGUCACGACCGUUAACACAAAGCGUCUAGGAGGUACUCUAGCCAUCACCUCAAUGUCCUCCUCACGGGUUUUUAUGGACUAUGAUGUCCAGCCUACUAUAGAUUACUUCGGCUGGUUGGGCUCUAAUCCAGCUAUUGCUGAGCAGGUUGAUGCAGAGGUGGUAACUAAACGUGAGACAAUGACUAUAGGGGAGUUAUUCUCCUACAUUAAGCAGGAGUCUGCAAAGGAAGCCUUUUUUGAGUGCACGGCUACGAUCGAUGACGUCGUACAUGGCUCUGCUUGGUACUAUAUUUCGUGCAGUGGCUGCCAUACUAAGGUUACUAGUGGCCCAACAUCAUUGAUUUGUACAAACAACAAGUGUGGGAAGGUUAACGUAGAUGGUGUUGCGCAGUACAUUGCAAGGCUAUCUGUUUAUGACAACAGUGCCCAAGCCGUUUUUGUGCUACUUGGUGAUGCUGGUCGUGCGCUUACUGGAAAGCAUGCAUCAGAAUUAGUUAGCAGCUACUUUGAGGCUAAUGCUAACGAAGGUGUUGACCAAGAGGUGCCUGUCCCAGUAGCUCUAAUCAACACCAUCGGACAAAGUCACAAGUUUUGUGUGAAGGUGACAGAGCACAACCUAUCAGGCAAGACCCGAGCUUUGACUGUGACCAAGAUCCUCCCUCUAGACACUCCAAUUGAAACAGAAACCUCGGCAGGAACCAACAUUAGUGCAACGUCGAAUGAAACAUCUCAGACUGGAAAUGAUGUGUGUGAAGCUUCCAAAAGCCGUGUAGGUGCUGCAGAUGCGGGGAGUAAGAGGUCGAGUGACAAUGCUAAGGUUGAGAAAGCUAAACGCCCAAAGUCUGGGAAGUAG